AAACAUUAUUGGUUAGUUUACCAACUCCAGAUUUUAGUAUGCCAUAUAAUGUUAUUACUUUAACAUGUACAGUUAUUGCAUUAUUUUUUGGGAGUAUGUUUAAUUUAAUGACUAGAAGCUUUGUGGCAUUUGUUGAUGUUGGGAAAGAAAAAGCUAAGAAAAAAAUUAAUAUUGAUGAAAGUAAUAUGCAAAAAGAGAAAAAAGAAGAUACAGAUAAAAAAAAAAACUAA